AUGGUUUCCAGUACAAACGAUUUUUGGAAAAGGGCAGAGAAACAGAAAAAACAGGAAAAAUACAGUCCAAAAGAAAAAACAAGAACUACUAAGAAAGAUAAGACUCUAGAUAUCGAAGCGCAGAUCGAUGUUGCGUAUCAAGACUGGUGCGAUAAAUUUGAAGAAGAUGCAGAUGAAGCAGAUUAUUUUUGUACAGCCAUACCAAAUCCAGUACCCCUCGAAGGUAAACUUCUGUUGGAACCUGUAAAAGAGCUAGGAGAAAACUAUGAUGGAGCUUGCAUGUUUAAUAUGAUCAUCCCUGACUUUGAUGCAUAUUUGAACAAACACGAUAAAAUUCGCGGGUUGGUAGAUCCUACUUAUGUAGUUGCCGGCGUUGGUGGGGGAGUAAUUCCCAAUUUCGGUAUUGAUAAAUACCCUCCAGUGGGUCCACAUCCUCAACUAGUCAAUUUCGCAAAUACAACUUAUGCGUGGGUCUUUAAUGGUCGUGACCGGAUGGCCCAAGCCAAACAUUUAGUCGGGUGGCUCCAGGGAUACAUCGAUAGUGCACUUCAAGGUCCCCAAGAAAUUUGGCUUAUAGAAGUGGGAGACGAUACCCAAGCAGUAUUCCAAUUUGUUAUGGAAGAUAGCCGUACAUUUAAAACAUGGAAAAAGCAUGCAGAAAUUAUAAACGCAUGCAAACAAUUGGUUAAUGAUACAAUAGAUUGGCAAUUUCAGGAAGGAAUAAUCAUUGAGGAAAAGAAAUCGAUUCUUUCGGAUUCUCUCAAAGUAGUUGGUUUAGCAGAACAGCAAGUAUGCGAGGUCAAGGAGAAUGUACUUUAUGAUUUAAUCAAUUUGGACAUCCACCUUGUUCGAGUUGUAGUAAAUGGAAAAUUGUCUCAAGAUGAUAUUAUUGGAUUUGCUCAGACUAAAAAAUGGUUACCAAAAAAAAUCGAGAUAUCAGUUGUGCAAUUAUAG